GAAGUUGUCUCAUCGAGAAAAAAAAAAGGCUCACCGACUGAAAGAGAGAAUGAGAGAUGGAGAGUUCGGUUCAAUCUUGGUCUGUGGUUGUUCGUCUUGCUUAGAUUAAAUCUUGGUCUCUGCUGUGGUUGUUCGUGUCACUUAGAUAGUGAGGGAGGUUGUUGAUCGGUCUCAAUUACGGUUUGUUUCCAGCUUGGCGACAUAUAAGGGGUUUGGUUGAUCUUUGGCUUUCGAAUUGUAGUGAUUGAUUGGAAAGGUUGGAAGGUCAUCAGUGCUUUGCUUUUGUUCUUUUUCUCCUGUUGCCUGUGACUCUGUGUCUCUUCUCCAGUUGUUUGCUUUUGAUUCCUCGUCAGCAAGGUAAUUAGCAUAACAAGAGAUGGCUGAAAAGAAUAAGAGCAAAGUUGUGUGCUCAGAUGGUGAUGAUCACAGUGAUGCUGAAGGAAGCAAAAACACAUUGGAUGACUUGACUCUCCCGCUACAGAAACUCAACCUUGGCCCAGAAAAGAAGAAGAAGAAGAAGCUUCUGGUUAUUGGUCUUGGAGGCUUGCUUUGUCAUAGAGUAUAUCGCACUGAAAAAAUCUAUAUCCCAAAUUAUCGCCAUCCGGAUGCAGCAUAUGGAAACUACAAGGUUUACAAGAGGCCUUACUGUGAAGAAUUUAUGAAAUUUUGUCUGGAAAGAUUUGAAGUGGGAAUAUGGUCUUCUGCAAGGGAAUGGUACUUGGACAAUGCCUUGGAUUGUGUGAUGAAAGGGUUGGGGAGGAAGUUGUUGUUUGCUUGGGAUCAAGAGGAGUGUACUGAUUCGGGGUUCAAAACCUUGGAGAACCAAAAGAAGCCCCUCUUUCUGAAAGAGUUGAAGAAAAUAUGGGAAAACAAGGGUUUCAAAGCCUCAGUUUCAUCUUCCAUGGGGAAAUACUCUUCAUUGAACACCUUGUUAAUUGAUGAUAAGGCUUACAAGGCUCUACUAAAUCCUGCUCACACAGCCAUCUUUCCUCCUGAAUACAAGGUUGGCCAAGUUGGUGACAAGGCUUUAGGUCCUAAUGGUGAGUUGAGGUUUUACUUGGAGGGACUUGCAGAUGCCGAUGAUGUUACUUCUUAUGUUAAAGAUCAUCCAUUUGGACAGCCAGCAAUAACAACUACUCACUCUGAUUGGGAUUUCUAUUCAAAGAUCAUUACUCAUUUCCAGAAAGAUUAAGCUAUUGCAGAAGCUCAUCAAUUAGUGUUAUGGUGCUGGAGACAUUAGAAUAAGAUUGUUAUCAGCGGUAUUUUCUAGUUUCUACUAAUUAAGAACAAGGUUAAAUGAAUCCAUCACAUAAUGUUGAAUGUUCACUAAUAUGCAGCAGUGUUUCAUUUAUUUCAAUCCGAACCUAUAAUCGUUUACAAGUAAACUACUGAUCGAUGUGUAUAUUACAUAUUCAAUAAAGUACGUAUCCUAUAUAUACAGUUUGUCGAUGUUUGUAUUGACUUGGUGGGACGAGCCUCCUCAUUUCAUUCAUGACCAAUGUCAACGAGAUAAGCUUGGUUUUCCUGA